GAAAUAACUCUCAAAAACAUUUUCCAUUUUACAGCCGAAGGAAUAGCGAAGAAGAAGAGAAAGAGAGUUCUGUGAAAAGCUUGCACUCAAAUGAAGUUCGCUAAUGGCGCUAAUUGCUACUAGAACCAAGAUCUCGAGGAUUCUCUCCUCUUUCUCUCCUAAGACCUUGCUUUCUAGACCUCCAUUUUCCUCUAAUGGCGUCCAGGCGGCUGCUCGGCUCCACCCGCUGGGAGGAUUCGGGCCUUCAUUUGCAUCCUCUGCUGUUGCUUCCAUGGAGCCCGAAGCCCUAGGUAACAGAGCUAUUGGCUUUGAAAUCUUGGGCGUUAAGGAUUAUGAAGACUAUCGGAGGUCUCUCUAUGGCGAAAUCACUCACAAGGCUUUGCUCGUUGAUGCCGUUGGUACUCUUGUGGUUCCUUCUCAACCUAUGGCUCAGAUAUAUAGGGAAAUAGGUGAGAAGUAUGGAGUGAACUACUCGGAAGGGGAGAUUCUGAAUAGAUACAGAAGGGCGUACGAGAAGCCUUGGGGUAGAUCUCGUCUCAGAUAUGUGAGUGAUGGGAAACCCUUUUGGCAAUAUAUCGUCAGUUCUUCCACGGGCUGUUCUGAUUCUCAGUAUUUUGAAGAACUCUACAACUACUAUACGACUAAGAAGGCCUGGCACCUUUGUGAUCCUGAUGCUGAGAGAGUCUUUAAAGCUCUCAGACAAGCAGGUGUAAAGAUAGCCGUUGUGUCAAACUUCGACACUCGAUUAAGACCUCUAUUGCGGGCUUUGAAUUGCGAUCACUGGUUUGACGCUGUAGCAGUGUCAGCUGAAGUUGAAGCCGAGAAACCUAAUCCGACUAUAUUCCUAAAAGCCUGUGAAUUGUUGGGAGUGAGCCCUGAGGAUGCCUUACAUGUUGGGGAUGAUCGUAGGAACGAUAUAUGGGGCGCUAGAGAUGCCGGUUGUGAUGCAUGGCUUUGGGGAAGUGAUGUACACUCCUUCAAAGAGGUUGCAGAGAGGAUUGGAGUGAAAGUGUGAAACGGGGGUUAUGACUUAGGUAAAAGCAUUAAACUUGUUGGAUUUCCAUGGAAGCUCUCUGGAUGUACAGGGUUUUUACCAGUGAGAGCAGCUGAGUGUGUAUAUUUUGUGUGCUGUGUUUGUAUAGUUAGUCCAACUGUUUUUGCUACCAAGCAAGCACACUAAAUAAAAAAGAACUCUUUUUCUUCUUGUUUGUGUCCAUAAAGUGGUAAAUUGCAGAUCUUAGUGGUAAAAAGAGUGUAUGGGUUUAAUAAAAGAAAUUAAUCUAUGGUGGCCAUUUAGUUAGGAUUAAUAUCUUAUAAGUUUCUUUCA